AUGAGGAAUGCUGACUUGUCUUGUUCACAUUGGCAUUCUCGGUGCCAGAGCAGGAAACGCGCCCGGCCGCAGUCCCUGGAGCAGGGCAUCACCCUGCGCGGGAGCACUGACAUCGUGGCCGAGUUCUUCUGGUUCGGCAUCAACAGCAUUCUGUAUCAGCGUGGCAUAUACCCGGCCGAGACCUUCACUCGGGUGCAGAAAUACGGACUCCCCUUGCUUGUCACCGCUGAUCCCGAGCUGGUGAAAUACCUGCACACGGUGGUGGGACAGCUGAAAGACUGGCUGUGCAUGUGCUCGGUGCAGAAGCUGGUGGUGGUCAUCUCGAAUCUGGAAAACGGGGAGGUCCUGGAGAGGUGGCAGUUCGACGUUGAGUGCGACAAGACGGCCAGGGAUGACGGUGCGCCCCGCGAGAAGUCUCUACAAGCCAUCCAAGCCGAGAUCCGCUCGGUGAUCAGACAGAUCACGGCCGCCGUGACCUUCCUGCCGCUGCUGGAGGUUUCCUGCUCCUUUGACCUGCUGAUCUAUACCGACAAAGACUUGGUUGUGCCUGAAAAGUGGGAAGAGUGCGGACCACAGUUCAUUGCCAGCUCUGAGCAGGUCCGCCUGCGCUCCUUCACGACGACCAUCCACAAAGUGGACAGCGCAGUGGCCUACAAGUCCCCCGUCAGUGACUGA